AUGGUUUGGCUACAAGGUUUUUUGGAUGAGUUGGGAAAGAAGAAUGAGAAGGGCGUUCUACACAGUGAUAGUCAGAGUGCCAUUUUUCUUGCGAAGAACCCAGCGUAUCAUUCAAGAACAAAGCAUAUACAGUUGAGGUAUCACUUCAUUCGAUCUCUUCUUGAAAGUGAACAAUUGCUACUUGAGAAGAUUCGUGGAACUGAGAAUCCGGCAGACAUGCUGACAAAAGGAGUGACUAUUGAGAAACUGAAGCUGUGCGCAGCUUCAGUUGCUGCCAUAUCCACUGUUGUGUCUCAAUACAUUGUUACCUUCUUACUGAUCUGGCAAUUAAACAAGAGAGCUGUAUUAUUGCCUCCAAAGAUGGGAUCACUUCAAUUUGGCGGAUAUAUAAAAUCUGGUGGCUUUCUUCUUGGAAGAACUUUUCCUGUUCUUACAACCAUGACAUUGGGGACAUUAAUGGCUGCUCGUCAAGGUCCGGUAGCUAUGGCUGCACAUCAGAUAUGUAUUCAAGUAUGGCUAGCUGUAUCCCUCCUUACAGAUGCACUGGCUGCAUCUGGUCAGGCCCUGAUUGCGAGUUCUUUAUCUAAAGGUGACUUCCAGACUGUAAAGGACAUUACACACUUUGUGUUGAAGGUAAGCAUAUCUUUUUUGACUGGAAUUUGCUUGUCUGCAAUUCUGGGUCUUUCUUUUGGUUCUUUGGCCUCCGUGUUCACCAAGGAUGCUGAAGUUUUAGGAAUUGUUAAAACGGGGGUAUUGUUUGUCAGUGCUAGUCAACCUUUGAAUGCACUGGCUUAUAUUUUUGAUGGUCUCCAUUUUGGUAUUUCAGACUUCCCAUAUGCAGCUUGCUCGAUGAUGAUAGUAGGGGCAAUAUGUUCAGUGUUUUUGCUCUAUGCUCCUUCAAUUAUUGGUCUUCCUGGGGUUUGGUUGGGAUUGACACUCUUUAUGUGCCUACGAACGGUGGCAGGAUUUAUGAGAUUACUAUCAAAAAGGGGUCCAUGGUGGUUCCUGCACAGGGACUUCCAGAGACUUGAGGUUGGUCAAUAUUCAUAA